ACGGAAAUGGUGGAGGCAAUGGCGGAGGAAGGAAUUGGAUUAGUGGGAAUAAUGGGGGCGGGGGUAAUAACGGAGGCGGCAACUGGAGCAGCACCAGUGGAGAAGGCGGUGGAGGUAGGAACAACGGCGACAAUGAGGGUGGGAAUGGAGGCAACUGGGGCGGUGGCAGUGGAGGCGGUGGCUAUGGAGGCAACAGUAACGGUGGAGGCGGGAGAUGGAAUGGUGGAAACGGCAAUGGGGGUAACUGGGGGAAUGGUAACGGUGGCAAUAAUUACGGGAAUUGGAAUGGAGGAAACGGGGGUAACUGGAACGGAAACGGGCGGAAUGGUAACGGAGGAGGUUGGAACAACAACGGAGGAGGUUGGAACAACAACGGAGGUGGGAGCAAUAGAAACGGAGGCAACGGUGGCGAUUGGAGAAGAUCAGCAAGGUGCUACAACUGCAAUCAGCUCGACCAUAUCUCCAGAGAGUGUAAUGCGCCGCGGCAAGGGAACAAUUGGAACAACAACGGACAAAAUGGGAAUGGUGGCAGCGGAUAUAACGGCGGUUGGAGACAACCUAAUGAUGGCGCUAGCAGUUCUUCAUCCAACGGGCCAGUUAAUGCAAGUGAACUUAGUAGAUGUCUGGAGGAGUCAAUUCGGGUCGUGUGUCAGUUUUCACAGAGACAUAUGGAAGUUGAGCAGCGACGGGAGAACGAGACCCGAGAAGCCGAUGAACGGCGAAGGAGAUAGGAGGAAGAGCGAGUAGCCAGAGAGGAACGGAAUAGAAUUGAGCUUGAAAAAAAGAACGCACAGGAGAAAAAGGAAGCGGAUCGGGAGUGGAAGUUGCAAGUGCU